GCACAAACCAGGUGUUCCGCACCCUCCAUGGCGACAGCCACCCCUUACGGUCGUAUGACGCCAAUCAACCCCUACAACACCCGCUCCACCUCCGAGCGCGAGCCACUACUCCCUCACGACACCAAGCACGCCGACUCUGCCUCUAGCCCCAUUCCGCCUCCGCCUCCGCCCUAUCCCACCGCUGACCACCAUCCACAGGCCCCUCCAACAUGUCCAGGCCACCGUCUACCACCGCCUUCCUCCACCGCGCCUAGAUACCGCCCAGAAAGUCGUCGGCACCUGAGGACCCUGCUCCUUACGCUGAUCGCUUUCUUGACUGUUUUUGUGGUCUUCUAUGCUGUUUUAGUGCUGCUGGGGUUAGUGGUGUGCUUGGUGGUACCGAGCUACGUGCAUGUGCGGCCGCUGGGGCAGAACUGCUUGAAAGGGAUGUGGGUCCCGUUUUGGUGGUGGUAGGGUCGGUGGGGAGAGUGCGGAAGGGGAAAGGGGAAGGAAAUAGUAGAGGGGAG